GUCUACAGCUGAGCAUCUAGAACUUGUUUUGUUCGUUUCUUUCCAAAAUGACGGAGGAGUAUAAACAGUUCGACUCGGCAAAGUCUGAUAAAAUACCGAUUGUUCCUGGACUUGUAAAACAUAUUUCUGGAUUAAAGUUCACAGAACUUAUUUCAAUUGUUGUAAUUUUUGUUGUUUCGCUUGUCUGUGUUGUAUUUGUGAUACUCUUCACUACCGGGAAACCUACUGUUGUCAUAGAGGAAAAUGUCUGCGUAACCGCGGCGUGUUUGAAAAGUGCUUCUUAUGUCGUUGGCAACAUGAAUAAAUCUGUUGACCCAUGUAAAAACUUUUACAAGUACGCUUGCGGUGGUUUUACGAAUAAUAAUCGUCUGGAUUCAGAAACGUAUUCUAAAACAGUAUAUUCAAAAUUAUAUUACGAAAAUGAAGAAAAGUUGAAAAAUAUUUUGGAAUCUUCUGUUAUUAAUGGCAACGACCAUUCUGCUGAAAGGAAACUUAAAGACAUGUUUGCGUCUUGUACGAACUCUUAUUUGAAGGAAAGGGCCAAGGGAUAUCCUUUUCUGAACAAAAUUCUACCAAAUACAGGAGGUUGGUAUGUUUUAGGUACGUGGAACAGUUCUACGUGGAACAUGCAGAAUGCUCUAGAAAAGGUCCAUAUGGACUACUGGACUAAUGCAUUAUUUUCAUUUAGAGUGGCUACUGACUGGAAUGACUGGAAGAAAAGGGUCAUAGAGAUAGAUUAUUCUGGUAUGACCAUGUACUGGUGGUAUUACCUUCACACAGAAGAUGAGAAGUAUACCCAAGAUUUGAAGAAGUUUAUGAGAACUGUUGGAACAUUGUUAGUACGAGAUUCUAAUUUGACAAUAGAAAACUCCACUCAGAAGAUUGAAACAUUUGUUAACGAUGCAUAUGGUAUGGAACUCAAACUUGCAAAUUUAACUGCUUACACGUAUCCCACAUAUGAUCCUCAUGCUGAUGAAAGGAGAAUUUCUUUACGAGAUUUUACAUCACAGACUGGAAACGUCAUUGACUUCACUUCCCUGUUAACCAAGAUGUUUAGAGAAGCUGGUGUAAAUGCUAAUACAAAAGUUAUCAUCAUGGAAGAUGAUUGGUUAAGACAGAUGGUUGACAUGGUGAAAAAUCUAGGCCCUGAUAAAAAUAGGAUGCUGAACAACUACUUUACAUGGAGGAUGGCACAGCGCUAUGUUCAACAGUUGUCUUGGGAGUAUGUCCAUGCUAACCGGGAAUUUUACGUAGAUAGAUAUGGUAUCCCACAAUUCCUUGGCACGUGGUAUUAUUGUUUUUACAACAUGGAUAUGAAUAUGGGAGAUGCACUUAGUUCACUUUACGUUAAGGAUCAUUUUGCUGACAGAAACAAACAAAAGGUUCACGAAAUAUUAGACUACGUUAAAAACGCCCUGUCAGACGGUAUUGUACAGAAUGUGUUUAUGGAUCGUGCUACCAAAGACUUGGCAAAAGAGAAGAUAAUGGCAUCUUUGGACAAAAUGGGCUACCCUGAUUUCAUGAUGAAUGAUGACCAACUGGCCUCUAUAUACCAGUCAUUGAAAAUAAGCAGAACUGAUUAUUUUGAAAAUGAACUUAACCUCAACAAAUUCAAACUAAAAGACUGGAACAACCGGUUACGUGUGGGAGAAGACAGAUCAAGAUGGGUUUUACAUACUUAUGACACUUAUAUGGAAUACUAUGGACCUUGGCAUGAGCUAAUUGUGCCGGCUGGUUUGCUGCAAUUUCCUGUCUAUGAUUAUUCACUUCCACAUUACACGAACUUUGGUUCUAUGGGUAGUUUGUUAGGGCAUUAUCUGGUUCAUGCUAUAGACCGAUAUGGUUCUGUUUACGAUAGUAAAGGAGACUACAAUGUACAAGGAUGGUGGUCCAAUAAAACCAAACUGUCUUAUAACACUACCACAAACUGUUUUAUUGAUUACUUCAAUAAUAAAACAAUGGGACCAUUUGCUAUAGCUGGUCAAUUUUCCCUUCAACCGGUUCCAGUAAAUGGACGGAGGUAUGCUCGUGAAGGAAUGGCAAUUGCAAGUGGAGUCAAACUAGCUUUCAAGGCUUAUCAGAAAUGGACGGCGGCCAACACGAUUGAGAAACUAGCUCCAGGAACAGGUCUAUCGAAUGAACAAAUGUUCUUUGUGUCAUAUGCACAGAGUGAAUGCUUUAAUAGAAAUGACAGAUAUGCAUACAGUAGAGCUAUCCGGGGCAGUGUAUCUGAAGAUAUAGCUACAAACAGUGCAAUGUCACACGUGAGAGAGUUUUCACAAGCAUUUAGAUGUCCAGUUAACUCUCCGAUGAAUCCUGCCAAGAAAUGCAAUCUGUAUUGAAAUGUUUGCUGGUGUCAAAAAUACAUCAUCCAAAUGACUGGUUCCAUCUUCUCCAUAGUAUAUAAAACCAAAUGAAAAGACUGGAUAAUCUCUAUUAUUCAUUUCCUUUUUUAUAUAGUACUCCAUAUUCAUCAGAACGUUACAUUUCAACCUUGAUUAAAAUCACAAUGUUUUCAUCAGCAAACUGUUUUCGUACCAUUGUUCAUCUUAAAAAUCUGAUUUCUAGAAUUGAUCGUUUGUUAUUCUGAAAUACUCAGGUUUAACCAAUACAAUGUAUCUAUUUCUUUUAAGAUUGUUUACAAAGAGAGUCACCUAAUAUAUUGUAACAUAACCAUAUAUCAUGCAAUAUCAAUGCUUUGAAAUUAUCAUUAUAUGUAUUUGCAGAUAUUUUCUGAAACAACGAAUUGCUUUCAUUUGAAUACGUUUUGAAUUUUCAAGGUUCCAUAUUGGUUAUGACAGCAUGAGGAAAUAGACAUUUUUCUGGUAAAAAUACAAACUUCCUUUAAAAUAAUAUCAAAAUUCAAUAAUCUAAUAUGUGUUCGAUUAUUUUCGUUGAUAUCAUUUUUACCUAUUGAGAAAUAAACUUUAUGUGAAAACUCAAAUUGUUAAUCUUUAAAAUACACUUGUUACUGUUAUGUGAUUGGUUUUAAAGUGUUAAAAACUAUCAUAAAGAGCAUGUACGCUAACAUUGAGUGUCAUUU